AUGCUUCUUCCGGUUGCACCGUUAUUACCGAAGAAGAAGAAGAAGAAGAAGAAGAAGAAGAAGAAGGAGUCUCAUCCUGGAAGUGGUCGUCGCUGUUUACUUCCACGGUUCUGCUGCGUUCAAACAACACAGACAUACAGAGUUCAGGCGUCUUCUUUCUUCUUUCUUCUCCUCUGUGUGUGGAAGAUGUCCAGACUUCAGAGUCUGAAGCUGUUCGUCCAGCAGCGGCUCACUGCGGCUGUCGAGGACAUCUUUGGACAUUUCGAGAGAACGAUAGCUGAGUGUGAAGAGGAGAUGGACCUCCGCCAUCGAAAACUGCUCCAGGUGGUUUCAUCACCUGGAACAGACGUCCAGCAGCUGUUGGUGGCUAAAGAAAAGGUUCCCACUGAGCAGCAGGAGUGGAGCUCCAGUCUGGACCCGGAGGACCCAGAACCCCCACACAUUAAAGAGGAACAGGAGGAACUCUGGACCAGUCAGGAGGGAGAGCAGCUUCAAGGACUAGAGGAGGCUGAUGCCAAGUUCUCAAUCACUCCUGUGAAGAGAGAUGAAGAGGAAGCUCAGUCCUCACAGCUUCAUCAAAGACAAACUGAACAGACAGAAACAGAAGCUGAUGGAGAGGACUGUGGAGGACCAGAACCAGACAGGAACUCAGAUCCAGACAAACAUCCAGAAUCAGAUACUGAUGACUCUUCUGAACCUGAGACUGAUGACAGUGAGGAUUGGAAACAGAAAAAAAAACACCAAUCAGGUUCAAACUCUCUAAAAAAUGUCCUCGAUGAGAGAUGUAUUACUGACAAGCACCUGUGCAUCUGCUCCGAGUGCGGGAAAAGAUUUGGCAACAGGACGAAUCUGAAGGUACACAUGUUAAUCCACACGGGAAUCAGACCCUUUUUUUGCACGCUUUGCCAUAAAAGAUUUCCUCAGAAGAGAAAACUAAAGCGUCACAUGAAAUGUCACAUACCAGGAAAACCGUACAGCUGUUCAGUUUGUAAAGAACGUUUUAGAUACAGCGGAGAUGUUAAGCGACAUAUGGGAAGUCACACAGCAGAGACACCGUCUACGAGGAGCCAAUCCAGACUGAUCGGGGAUUAAAUGAAAAACUAAAACACAUUUUCAGUUGAUCUUUGGUUAUUUGUUGACAUGAAGUGACGCAGGCAAACUGCAGUUUAAUACUGUGAGCAGUACUUUUUUUUUUGUAUAACUUGUAUAAUUAUUCAAUUCAAUUCAGUUUAUUUUGUAUAGCCCAGAAUUACAAAUUUGCCUCAGAGGGCUUUACAAUCUGUACACAUGUGACAUCCUCUGUCCUUACAC